AUGGCCCCAAAGCAGCGUAUGGCUCUUGCUAACAAGCAAUUCUCCAAGAAUGUGAACAACCGUGGAAACGUCGCCAAGAGCUUGAAGCCAGCCGAGGAGAAGUACCCAGCCGCUCCAUGGCUCAUCGGACUCUUCGUCUUCGUCGUCUGCGGAUCUGCUGUCUUCGAGAUCGUCCGCUAUGUCAAGAUGGGAUGGUAA